AUGGGUGUUACCCUUGUUGAAAAUUAUGAUGAAGUUAUGAUCCCUCCAUUUGUUCAAGGCAUUGAGAAUGAAUAUUAUAAUAAAAUGGAGAGCAAAGAUAGUGAUAAUGAGCAAGAAAAAAGAAAAAGAAAAGAGACUCCACUCUCUGCCAGUUCAUAUUCCAUUGCUGCUAGUUCUCUUCCUACAACAGAUGCUAAUGAAGUUUCUUUUCCUGUGACUAAGGUAAAUAGCAAAGCAGCUGAUCCUCAAAAAAGGCAAGAUCUAAACUUUGAUGAGAGAGGGCAGUGGAAAGUUAACUUUGAAAAACGGCUUAAAGCAGUACUUCAUAAUGAGCAAUUUUUUCAAGAACUCACAACCAGCAGUUACAGAGAUAAAUUUUACUCUCUUUUGUGUUAUGAAGAAGCUGAGCACAUUCAAAUCCUUUCUCAAAAGUGUGACGGAACUUAUGAGAUACAGGGCUGUCAAAAAUUAGAAACGGAAUCAAAAUACAUUUGUCAAAUGCUAGGGAUGGAUGAUGAUCAAGUGCAGUAUGCUACUCAAGCCAGUGAAGGAAUGGUUUUCAUUGACAUUAAGAAUCAAAAGGAUAUCUGCAAAGGAACAAUUCUUAUUAGCAAUUUUCGUGAUUUCAGCGAACAUUUUUAUGUUUCUCUGGCUAUUGAUGAUUUUCGAUUGCUUCAAGAAAAAAGUCGUCACAUUAGAUCAGGAUGGUAUGAGGUGAAUGUCGAAUUUGAAGUGAAGCAUUCUUAUUUCAAUUCCCUACAUCAAGCCGUCAUUAGCAUACCUUAUUCAAUGGUGAAAAAGAUUACUCCAAGCAGUGAUACUAUCUCUCACAUUCCUCUUACAGCAUCUUUUCAUUUGAAGCCUGCAUACCCUCACCCUGAUCUACUAGUUGAUGCUGAUAAGCAGUUUCAAGCUUUGAAAGCAAUUGUUGAAAGUCCUGUAGAUCAUCCAGUUAUUGUUUCUGGCCCUUUCGGUUCUGGAAAAACGAGAAUUAUAGCUCGUGCUGCUUACGAAUUUAUUCAAGCUGGUUUGGAAUCACGCUGUCAAACGAGGAUUCUUUUAUGUGCUCAUCAUACAAAUACAGUUGAAACAUAUAUGCUGAAGUAUUUGUGUCCUGGUUUUACUCGUAUGCCACAGGUCAAAAUUAUUCGCAUAACAAGAAAAGAUUCCUCUAAUUUUUCUCGCAAUGUAAUGAACAGGACAUUAUUUGAUUUUAGACGUGACAUUGUGAUUGGACAGCACAUUAAUGAUUGUGUUCUUGUGAUCAUAACAACAUACAUGAGCUCACUGCAAGUUGCAAAAACCCUCAAUAAAGUUCGCUUCACUCAUAUCCUUCUUGAUGAAGCUGCACAGGUUAGAGAACCUGAAGCAAUAGCUCCUCUUUCUCUGGGAGAUGCUGCUACUAAAGUAAUUGUAGCAGGAGAUACAAAACAGGUUGGACCAUCUGUUCUUGUUCUGGGUGAAAAGAGUAAGAAGUAUGGUCUGGCUCAAUCAUUGCUAGAGCGUUUGGAGAAGAAAUACCAGGAGUUUGCAGGCAAGCAACAGGAUUUUAAGUACUUGAAAUACUUAGCUACAAAUUAUCGUUGUUGCCCUGAGAUUGUGAAGUUCCUGUCGAGCACAAUUUACAAGUACCCAAUUGCCUGUGCACCAAAGGCAUGUUCAGAAAAACAGCAUCGAGCGAUACGCUAUCCUCUUGUAUUUUAUUGGUGUAAUUGUAAUGACACUCCAAGUCAGGACUUAAAAGGACUAAUGGAGUUUGCAGCUGAUGCAGUUGUACGACAGGCACAACAUUAUUUAUCCUUCUGGCCACGUGAAUGGAAUCAUAUCAAGAUGAGAGAUGUGUGCAUCAUAUCUCCUUUUAGAACUCAAUUGAAUAUAAUUGAAUCAAAGUUGAAGAAUGUGGGGUUAGGUAAACUAACACUUUUGCCAUCAUAUUUAAUUCAAGGUCAUGAGUUUCAAGCUGUUAUUUUGACCACAUUUGAGCCACUUGAAAGUGAUGGCACAAGUAGUAAUCCAACUAAGAGCCUAACAAAUCCUCAAAUUUUUAACACAGCUCUCAGUCGUUCCAAGUCUUUUGUUGUUGCUGUAGGCAAUCCAUUCUCUCUGCUUGAAGCUGAGAAGCAAUUUCCAGAACGCUGCUGGAAACAUUACUUGAGCAUUUGUUUGGACAAUGAUACCAUUUUUUUCCCGGAGUCCUACAAACCAAACCAAAGAGAUAGAUUUAAGGAAAAACUUGGCACAGCACUUGGAUUACUAAAGAAAGCAAAAAGUGCCGAGUACACUUCACAUAGUCAUCAAACUAGCCCAUUUUUACAUAGCCAAAGUCACUGACUAUUGAAUAUUUGUUUGAAUUAUGACAUUUGUGUGCCAUUUAGUUCCUAUACAUUAUAAAUGAGAUAAUUUGCAACACUUUUGGUAUC